CCCCUCGGAAAAAAAAAUCAUCCCCCCCUCCUCUGCACGUGCCUCCUUUCUUUCUUUCCUCUCUCGGUCUCUUUCCCUCCUCCUUUCCUUUGCUUUAAUCGUCGCGCAUACAACAGAGCUCCACGGGAGACGGAGAGAGAGGAAUCCACAGCAAAGCAAGAGAUCAAACAAAGCCUCGGAGAAGUACGUUUUAACCGAACUCGGUGACGCCAUAGAGUUUGCUUAUGCAUGACGACGUCGUAGCGAAGGAAGCGAGAACGGAGACGCUGAGAUCCAACAGUUCUUUGUUACUAAAUGCACGCAUACAACAGGAUACCGAGUAGCGGCCACUCGACUCCGUCACCACCACAGUCGCCGCUUCGUUCCCCGAGGUAUCGCCACGGGGGCAGCCGCUCCAAGCGUUUCAAUCCGGCGUCCCACCCGCCUGGUCGGACCCUCGCUCAUCGCCUCGCGUGGCUUCUCCUUUCGGUUCUCCUACGCCGGCAGGGGAUUUUCCUCUUUGCCCCUCUUAUUUACAUCUCUGGUAUGCUUUUGUAUAUGGGAACGGUUUCAUUUGAUGUCGUUCCAGUCAUUAAGCACAAGCCUGCUCCUGGGUCCGUCUAUCGAAGUCCUCAGAUUUACCGGAAGCUUAGACCCGAAAUGGAUGCAGAUAAUUCCUCCGCUGAUGCACUAUCAACCAUAUGGAAACACUCAUAUAAAGGUGGAGAGUGGAGAUCAUGUGUGAACAAGUCUUCUGGAGGAUUACCUGAAUCAAAUGGCUACAUAUAUGUUGAGGCAAAUGGUGGCCUGAAUCAGCAGAGAACAUCGAUAUGCAAUGCAGUUGCUGUGGCAGGCUUUCUAAAUGCAACACUUCUCAUCCCAAAUUUUCAUUUUCAUAGUAUCUGGAGAGAUCCUAGCAAAUUUAGAGACAUCUAUGAUGAGGAUUAUUUCAUCAGUACCUUGGAAAAUGAUGUACGGGUUGUUGAUAAGAUUCCCCUGUAUCUUAUGGAGCGGUUUGAUCAUAACAUGACCAAUGUCUACAACUUCAGAGUGAAAGCAUGGUCAUCCAUUCAUUACUACAAGGAGGUUGUACUUCCAAGGUUAUUGGAGGAAAAGGUUAUAAGGAUUUCUCCUUUUGCAAAUCGGUUAUCAUUUGAUGCUCCUCCAGCUGUUCAACGGCUUAGAUGCCUGGCAAAUUAUGAAGCAUUGAGGUUUUCAAAUCCCAUAUUAACUCUGGGAGAAGCUUUAGUGUCAAGAAUGAAAGAACGCAGUGUGAACCAUGGUGGGAAGUAUGUUUCUGUACAUCUUCGCUUUGAGGAGGACAUGGUUGCUUUCUCUUGCUGUGUAUUUGAUGGUGGAGAGCAAGAAGAAAAAGACAUGAUAGCAGCAAGAGAAAGAGGUUGGAAAGGGAAAUUUACAAAGCCUGGUCGUACCAUACGUCCUGGAGCAAUCAGGCUCAAUGGGAAGUGCCCCCUUACCCCUUUAGAGGUAGGCUUGAUGCUCAGGGGAAUGGGUUUUGAUAAAAACACAUUCAUAUUUUUAGCAUCUGGAAAGAUAUACAAUGCUGAAAAGUACAUGGCCCCGCUGUUGGAAAUGUUCCCAAAUAUGCUAACUAAAGAAAUGCUGGCUUCAGAGGAUGAGCUUGCUCCAUUUAAGAACUAUUCUUCCAGGAUGGCUGCGAUAGACUACACUAUUUGUCUUCACAGUGAGGUAUUUGUAACUACUCAGGGUGGGAACUUCCCUCAUUUUCUGAUGGGCCAUAGGAGAUUUUUGUACGGUGGACAUUCCAAGACAAUCCGGCCAGACAAGCGAAAGUUAGCUUUGCUCUUUGAUAAUCCAAAUAUUGGGUGGAAGAGCUUCAAGCGACAUAUGCUGAAUAUGCGGUCUCACAGUGAUUCCAAAGGAUUUGAACUCAAGAGACCAAAUGAUUCCAUAUAUUCAUUUCCAUGCCCAGAUUGCAUGUGCCGUAUGAACAAGACUGAUUCAAGAUCAUUAGCUCCGUGAUCUGCUUGGAGAGAUUUCGACCAUUGAUUCCUCUACCCGUGCUUGAUAAACAGAUCUUGCUGCUGACCCCAUUUUUGUGUGUUGUGAUUCUUUUAUUUUUUUCCCCCUUUCCCUACAGUGAGAGGGUAUACACUUCAAUUUUGGGAGCUUUGAAGAUUUAGUGGAGAUUGCAGUCAUCUGAUUAUUUCCUGGGAUUGGAUAUAGGGGGAACCGCAUCUUUUUGUACAUGAUGCUGGAGAACAUGCAAACAAAUUCUUUGAUCAGGAAUUUCCCGGGCAUUAACUGAGCAUUGUUUCCAUACAUGCUGCUGCAGCUGCUGUAUCUAACAAGCUGUAAGAUGAUACAUUUUGAUUCUUUCCUGCCCUGGUUACGUCAUGCUUGUAAAUUAGUUGGGUUGGAUCCAUUUUUAGGAUUUUAGGAACAGGAAUUUAUGUACAUUUCAUCACAGAUCAGGCUGUAGAUUCUUUUUUUUUUUUUUUUUUAACGGCCAUUUUUGUUGCUCA